GGAGCUGAGGUUUUUGAAAGGAACGAACAUAAAGUGGUCCUCGUGUGAAACUGGAGCCUCUGUGUUUGUUAUUUUGGAGUGUGAUACGGUUUAGGCGACUUAUAUAAACCCUCGGUUACAUUGGUGGCAGCGGUGGGAUGUAGGUCCCGCGAAAGAAAGACAUCUCAUCACCGUAAAGUCCGGAGAGUCAGCUAGCUUCAUCUCUGUUUGCCGCAGCUAGCAACGGUGAAGCUUCGUCUGGUCAGAAAGCACACAGACUUCUUUUAUUUGGAUUUGGUCUUCUGAUUUAAGUGGAAUAUGUGGAAUAAAAACGAGGACCACUUUAUUUUCGUUCCUUUCCAAAACCUCCGCUCCACUUCAAGAUGACAUCAUUUCCGUUCCAUCUGCCUUCAAAACUCCUUCAGAGGAUAAAGCACCACGUUAAUGGAGAAGAAUGGCCCGAGUGUGGUUGGAGUGCUCCGACUCUUUACCGGGGAUCCCCCUCAGUGUUCUGUUGGUGCCCAUGGAGAAUAAAUACAAAUGUCAGCAGUGUUUCCUGGUCCUGAGGAAGCCGGUGCAGGCUCAGUGCGGCCAUCGCUUCUGUGUACACUGCUUUAAACAGCUGACCAGUUCCGGCCCAAAGCCUUGCGAGGCCUGUCGCCAGGAGAAAAUAUACGAAGAGCCGACUUCUAUCCUCAAUAUUGGCGAAGCCUUUCCGGACAAUGCGGCGGGUCGAGAAAUAGCAAGUCUUCCUGCAAAGUGUUUGAACGAGGGAUGCACGUGGACGGGAUCAAUCAAAGAGUAUGAGACCCAGCACGAAGCCUGCUGCGACUACGAGCUGGUCCAGUGCGAGGCCUGCAAUGCAUUCGUCUUGCGCUCGGAGAAGGAGCGUCACAGCGAACGCGAGUGCGAGGCCAGGGUGCUCAACUGCAAAUACUGCAAGCUGACUUUCAACUUUAAAGACAUCAAGGCCCAUGAUGAAGUGUGCCUCAAGUUCCCCUUGCAGUGUAAAGACUGUGGCAAGAAGAAAAUCCCAAGAGAAAAGUUGAGUGAUCAUAGUCGGGCCUGUGUAAAGUCCAAGAGUGCUUGUUCUUUUAGCCCGGUGGGCUGCAAGUUUGUGACGGACAAUGGCAAACUGAACGACCACGAGCACAACAGCGUCAUGGAGCACCUGCGCCUGCUGCUGCCCAGGGUUCUGUCUGUGAGCCGCCCCAACACUGAGGCCCAAGGGUGUGGCGAGUGGCAGGAAGACUCGGGUCUGGGUCUGUACAGGGCUCCAGAGGAAGGAGCCUCAUCCUCUAUGACGUCUGGGGACUUAGAAAAGAAGGUGAACGCUUUGGAGAACAUUGUCUGCGUGCUAAACCGCGAGGUGGCGCGCAGCUCGGUGACCCUGGAGGCCUUCUCGCACCAGCACCGCCUGGACCAGGAGAAGAUCGAGAACCUGAGCAACAAGGUGACCCAGCUGGAGAGAGUCCUGGCCACAAGGGACUUCCAGAUGUCUGAAAUGGAGCAGAUGAUGCGAGAGCUUCAGUGGUGCACAUUUGACGGCGUCUUCGUGUGGAAGAUCUCGGACUUCCCGCGCCGCAGGCUCGACGCCAUGAGGGGCCAAACGCCAGCGAUGUUCUCACCAGCCUUCUACUCCAGCAAGUACGGCUACAAAAUGUGUCUGAGGUUGUACCUGAACGGCGACGGCACGGGGCGGGGGACGCACCUGUCGCUCUUCUUUGUGGUCAUGCGGGGGAAGCACGACGCGCUGCUCAAGUGGCCCUUCAGCCAGAAGGUGACGCUGAUGCUCCUGGACCAGAACAACCGCGAGCACAUCAUCGACGCCUUCAGGCCCGACGUCACCUCCACGUCCUUCCAGCGGCCCACCAGCGAGAUGAACAUCGCCAGCGGCUGCCCGCUCUUCUGCCCGCUGGGGAAGCUGGCCGACAAGAGCCCGUACUUGCGAGACGACACCAUCUUCAUCAAGGCCAUCGUGGACCUGUCUGGCUUGUGAGGUCGGCUGUGGAAGUUGCACCAAACAGUGAAAGAUGAACAGUUGGGAUAUAUAUCACUAUAUAUAAAAUUAUCUGUGAUACUACCUGUCACAUAUCACAUAUCUAUCAUAUAUCCAUAAUAUAAUACUAUAUUAUAUAACAUAUAUAAUAUAUAGGUGUAAAAUAUAUUUAUAUAUGUCUAUUUAUAUAUAUUUAUCAUAGGAGCAUUAACCCUAAUCUGUGUGUGUAUGUAUAUGUAUAUAUAUAUAUUUCUGUAUGUCUCUAUGUAUGUAUAUGUAUAUAUAUAUAUAUGUAUAUAUACAUGCAUAUAUACAUAAUACACACACAUACGUACACAUAUAUAUACAUACAUACAUAUAUGUAUGUAUAUAUAUGUGCACAUAUAUGCAUGUGUAUAUGUUUGCAUAUAUAUAUAUAUGUACACACACACAUAUAUAUAUGUACACGUAUAUAAAUACAAUAUAAAUAUAUAUAUAUAUAUAUACACACACACGUAUAUAAAUACAAUAUAAAUAUAUAUAUGUCUAAAUAAAUAAAUGUAUAUAUAUGUGUGUAUGUAUAUAUAUAUAUAUAUAUUUGUGUAUAUGUGUAUACAUAUGUACAUAUAUAUAUAUGUGGUAAAAAUCACAAGACUACUUCAUCUCCACAGAACUGUUUCAUGAUGGGUUCCCUCAAUCAGGAGAUUUUUUUUUUUCUCCUGAUGAUUGACGGAACCCCUCAUGAAACAGUUCUGUAGAGAUGAAUUAGUCUUGUGAUUUUUACCACACAUACAUAUAUAUAUAUAAAUGAUAAAUAAAUGGGUUGUACUUGUAUAGCGCUUUUCUACCUUCAAGGUACUCAAAGCGCUUUGACACUACUUCCACAUUUACCCAUUCACACACACAUUCACACACUGAUGGAGGGAGCUGCCAUGCAAGGCGCCAACCAGCACCCAUCAGGAGCAAGGGUGAAGUGUCUUGCUCAGGACACAACGGACGUGACGAGGUUGGUUCUAGGUGGGAUUUGAACCAGUGACCCUCGGGUUGCGCACGGCCACUCUCCCACUGCGCCACGCCGUCCCUAUGUAUAUAUAUAUAUAUUUUUUCUUUUCCCCACACAUACAUAUUGCGCUCUACCACGGUAUCGAGCACAAUUCUCUGGAUAAUCCAAUCAAGAUUAUAUAUAUAUAUAUAUAAAUAUAUAUAUAUAUAUAUAUAUACUCACUGAUUAGGGUUAUUGCUCCUAUGAUAUAAUAUUUAAUGUUUUUUACUGGUAAACAUGCUUGGCUAACAUGUAUGACAUCACUAUAACUAAUGACAUGCAAUACUUACAAUUAUUAUACCUGUUUGUGUCAAUCAAAAGAAAACAAUAUUAGUUCACCUCAAAAUGGGGCCCAGGGGCCUCUUUUCGGGUAAAAAGCUAUUUUUUUUUUGGCCCUCAUCAUAUUCUAAAAAUGUAAUUAAUUCAUUAUGAGAUUUAUUAUUAGAUAUUCCACUAAUUGAUUUUGUUACUAAUAACAUAAAAGUUAAAUGUUUAUUUUCGAUAACUCAGCAUAUAUUGGCCGUCAUUGGAUUGGUUUAAGUAUAUACAUUUAUUGGGCGGGAACAUUUGUCACCUCAUGAGUCAAAUUAGAAUCGAUUUGCGAUUCAAACAGACUCUCGCCAUGUACUAUUUGGUACAGUAUUUACAAUAAAACAGGUUUAAAAAUCUCCUUUUGGUUGAUGGCGUGUACGCGCAGCAGAGAGUCAACGUGGAGAUUGCCUCAAACGUCUUUUUAAAAAUGUAUUCAAAAAAUAUAUAUAGAUAUAUUUAAAAGGUAUGAAUCGAUUUGGAAUCGGAUUAAAUAAGAAUUGCGAUUCGGAUGUGAAUCAAGUAUUUGUAUUGUUUGAGCAUAUUUAUUAACAUGCAACAAGUAUGAUUGUGUGCCUAAUGAAAUGGCUCGUGUCACAUUGUAGUCAUUUGCAUAUUGUAUAUUCAUUGAUGUCAUUCUAGAAACAAUUGGAAAAAAAUGAGCUUUUCAUUCACUUCAUUGUUUUCCCUUCCGUUCUAUAUUUUUAAAUCACACUUAAGGCAGCUUCCUCAAUGUACUCUUGUGAAUAUGGCUUUAUUGUCACAAUAAAGGAACAGUUUGUACUGUGCACACAAGAA